CAGCAAAGAAAAUGUAUAACCUUCAAGCAAGAAGUCUUCUUAUGCGCGAUGUCAUUGGAGCAUUAAUAAGAAAGAAAAAGUCAUCUAAGAAGUCCAACAGUCCUGGGAAACUUUUGGGUUUGACAGUGUGUACUUACUGCAAGGAAGGAGACAGAAAAUUGGCUGAGUCUAGACUGUCUUUUGAAAGUGAUGACUUGGAGUUAUGUCAGCUGUGGUCUUCCACAAUCAAUGAAAACCUAAAAGGUCUCCAUGGCCGGCCGAGCAAAUUGAAAGUAUUCAUCAAUCCUCAUAGCAAGAAAGGCAAGGCACCCAUGGUGUAUGACAGCCUGGUAGCUCCACUUUUCAGGAAGGCAGGGAUAAAGACAGACGUUAUAAGUCUCCAUGGCCGGCCGAGCAAAUUGAAAGUAUUCAUCAAUCCUCAUAGCAAGAAAGGCAAGGCACCCAUGGUGUAUGACAGCCUGGUAGCUCCACUUUUCAGGAAGGCAGGGAUAAAGACAGACGUUAUAA